AUGCAAUAUGAAAAAGUACUCGCAGAAAGCUCAGAGUCUGAAGAACUAUUACCUUCGAAACGAAAUUCUAAGCUAGAUUUAGGCCAGCCGACCAAAAGAAUGCACAGCGAUAAUCCUUUUAUUAUGGAUAUUGAAUUUUUCUUGAAAGAAUUGGAUGAGAUUUUCACAAAUCCAAAUAAGCGUGUUGAAAUCGCUGACACUCUGCCAGAAAUGACAAUUGAUCAAUUAACAAAAAUUGAAGACACUUUUAAAAUAAAGAAAGGGUCUUCAAAAAUUUCCUUAGAAAGAGAUGAUAAUAAUGAAAUAGCUGCAGAUAUCAAUGAUAUCAAAAAAAUCCAAGAAGAGAUCAAUUUAAAAUUAGAAGAGAACAAGAAAAUAGAUUUUUCUGAAGUUGUAGAUGAUGAUGUAAAAUUGUCUUUCAACAACCUGACUACACCUGAAAAAAUUAGAGCUUUGCUUUCACAACAAGAUUCAUUGAUUUUUCCAGAGACAAUAGCAAAUGCAGACAGUAAAAUGAAUCAAAUGAAGAAAAGCAGUUAUGAAAAUAGAAGCUCCAUUACUGUGAGUCAAUCUUUACUAAAACCAAAAGAGAUAGAUAUACUAUCUCUCAAAGCACAAAUCCCUAAAUCCUUACAGCCGACCUUUUCUUUGCCUUACAUUAUAAAACCUUUAAAAAUCUACACAAAUUUAAAAGCCAUUUCCUACAAAAUUUACACAAAUUCCAUUUAA